AUGAGUGGGCCUGCACCAGUCCCGUACAAUGUGCGCUACGACCCCAACAAUGUUGCUAUCAGGGACGGGGUCCUUACCUUGACGGUUCCGGGACAGCAAGACCCUGAUCACGAUCCUGACAAUGCGGUGAAUUGCGCCGAAGUCACCACGGUUGAACAAAACAUCCUCUAUGCCAGUGUGCGGACCAAUGCCAUCUUCAGCCAAGUGCCGGGAACAUGUCACGGUCUUUUCUUUUACAAAUCCGACUGUCAGGAGAUCGACAUCGAAUACCUGACCGACCCGAAUGCCCUAUCGAACAAUGGCAAGCUGAACCCGUUGUGGUACUCGAACCAGGCUGCCGACCCAAGCACGGCGCCUACAACGCGAGGAACAGGCCCAGCUCCGUCGAAUUGUACGGGUGAGGUGCAUGAAUAUCGCAUUGAUUGGACCUCGGCCUACACCGCAUUCUAUGUUGACGGCGAGUUGCAACAGAACUACUCCACGAACGUUCCCAACCAGCCGGGACCUUGGGUAUGGAACAACUGGGCAAAUGGAGACAGAGGUUGGUCGGUCGGCCCUCCUCACCAGGACAGCGUCCUCCAGAUUCAAAGCAUCACCAUGUACUACAACAUGGGUGACAAACCCGAUGACACCAAGAAGGGCGCCAACCAAGAUGGCCACGAUGGUUGCAAUAGUGGCAGAAGACCAUAG